AUGGUGACCAAUCUUCUUUUCUUCUCUUCUUUACCACUAUUAUCAUUCACCCUUAUCCUCACUGUCAUUCCUACCGGAACCCAGUCAUAUCGUUACGCUUUGGUGACUGGAUGGUCUAACUUCUUUGACCCCAUUAAACAAGGAUGGAAUGAUUCAUGUGCUGCCAUUGGAGCUGACUGUGAAAUCUGGAAUGCCCACCCGGAUUCCUUACGGAAAUUCAAUCACACCUGGGAACCAGAGGUUGACCGUACCUGGUGUGUCCCUAUUAUGCGUCAUUUGAUCGCUCGCGGUGAUAUUGAUGGAUUCGCAGUCAAAUGCAAUACGAAACCGGACUACCCACCAGUGCUGCAAGAAGCGCAUGACGCAGGCAUUCCAACCGUUGUGUUUGCUGGACCUCACAUUGGCCCAUAUGCUUCCUAUAUUGGCACAAAUAAUGAUGAUGUUGGGCGGGCCAUGGCUCGUCUUCUCAAGCAGCUGCGCCCGGAAGGAGGUACCUACGCCACGGUUUACAACGGUCCAAGUUCCGAAGAACGUGCACUUGGAUUCAUCGAUGAAAUUGAAAGGGACAAUAACCGGGAUGACAAGGCCCAUUGGAUGGAGGAACCUUCUUUGAAUUAUUCGGCGUGGGGGUGGGGGACGAUCUACGAAUACAAGGGAACUACCGCUUUGGGCUUUGACAAGGUUCCCUGGGUCAUUCAAGGCAUUUUGGAAACGAACCUCACGGCAUUAGUAUUCAUGUAUCAAACACCUACGCGUCACCCCAAUUUUACGCAAGUGAUUCAACAAAAUCAAUGGAGGAACGUCAGUAUUAUAAGUAUGGACGGGAAUGGAAAUGAAAUGAAUUUCUUGGGACGAGGGAUUAUUGAUGGACUCGUCGGACAGGCCACCUACGACACGGGCGUCUUGAUGCCCGAAGUACUCCAAAGAAUCAUGGCGGAGGAAGCAGUAUUGCCACAAUAUCUCACCAAGUUAUUGAAUCAUAAUCUAGUUCCUGCCACAUUGCCGUCACUGGCGGUGGACCAAAGUUUGCUGGGCGAUUUGCGGUAUAUUGGUUUUACCUGUUUCGGUAUCGUUGCACUGAUGGCAUGCACAUUCAUGGGAUGGACGUUUACGCAUCGUGAGGCCGUGGUUGUCAAGGCCUCACAGCCCUUCUUUCUGGCCAUGACAGCUGGUGGAGUUUUGGUGAUGGCGUCAAGUUUGAUUCCCUUAUCCUUUGAUGAUCAAGGAUCCCAAAUUUCCGAGACGAGAGCUGUGGCCAUUUGCAUGAGCAUCCCGUGGCUGGCAUUUUGCGGAUUCUCCAUUACCUUUAGUGCACUUUUUGCGAAGACGUGGCGAGUCAACCAGUUUUUCAAUUCCAAUAUGGCGUAUUCGAGAAUCAAAAUUACCGAAGCCGACGUCCUCAAGCCCUUCUGCCUCUUGUUUUCGUUGAAUGUCAUUAUUCUGGUGUGUUGGACGAUAAUAGAUCCUUUGACGUAUGAUCGCAAGUUUGCUCCAGGAACGGAUCUCUGGAACCGAGACAUAGCCUCCAAUGGGUCAUGUAGUUCGGAACAUACACUUGCCUAUGUGGCCCCACUGGGAAUGGUCAGCUUUUGCGUGUUGGUCAUUGCCUGUUGGCAAGCAGUCGCGGCACGGGAUAUCAAAAGCGAAUUUGCCGAAGCCAAAUGGAUUGGGUGGACCAUGUUUAGUUUGGCGCAGGGUUUCUUGACGGGUAUUCCCAUUGUGGUGGUUACCAAAGAUAUUCCCGAAGCCUUUUACUUGACUUUGACAUUUUUGACUUUUGCGCUUUGCACAGUGGUCUUGCUGCUGAUAUUUGUUCCAAAGAUUCGAAUGCAUCAAAGAUAUACCAAGCUUACUCCCAGGGAACAAAAGAAGGCCAUGGCAGUCAGUCUUCGAAAGAGUUCCAAUAUGAUUGGAGACCUCACAAAACUCAACUAUUCGCAAGCAUUGCAACUGGAGUUUUCAUCGAGUAACCAUGCAUCUCAUGGAGGCGAGGUGAAGAACAAUGAUCUUACAUCCAGCAAUCAAGCAUCGGAAGAGGAGGCAAAAGCCAUCACUCAAUGUUCUGACAAAAACAAGAACAAUGGUGAUAGCUCAAAGGUUGGGGCCUUCUAUAAGAAAAUUGAUGAGUCAGAACCAUCGAAAAAGUCGUCGUAUAUCGAUGAUGGGGAUCUCGGUGAAGUACACCACACGUAG